UUUGUAAGGGAGUGACCCGGACCACCGGCUCACUACGGACGGGAAGCGGCUCGUGUCGAGUCAGUUUGUCAGUCUCAGGUGAACUCAGCGGUUCCUUCAGCUUUUAUUUCUUCUUCUUUUGGGAGACACAGAGAGGUCCGUGCGUAAAGCUGCGGAACCACCGAGCCAAAAGAAGAAGAAGAAGAAGAAGAAAACUGAUUUACAGGCGACACUGCGCGUUAAACCUCCCCGGACCAGUCCAGUGCGCGUGCCUCGUGGGGGACAUGUCCGCCAGGUGAGCUGCUGGUCCCCGGGCUGGAGGACAUGAGACCAUGGCCGUUACGCACCGGCUCGCCCUGCUGCUCCUCGGCUUCACCUCCACCCUCACGGUUAAUGGAAAGGUUCCUAGCUGCCAGUUCCACUGGGAGAUACAGAGGGCCAGGAGAGAGUGUCAGACGCAACUGCAGCAACAGAUGCCUGCUAGCACAGGAUGUCGUGGUGAGUGGGACAACUUGUCGUGUUGGCAGAGCGCGGCGGUCGGCCAUGUGAUGACCCUCCCCUGCCCCUCCCCCCUCCUGAACCUGUUUGGAAAAAACGGUAACCUCAGCAGGAACUGCACGGAGAGAGGUUGGUCCGACGUCUACCCCGUCAUCACCGUCGCCUGCUGGUCCAACAGCACGGAUGAACCCAGCAAGCUGGUCUUCUACCAGAUGGUGAGGAUCCUGUCCACUCUGGGCCACAGCCUGUCCCUCAUCACUCUGCUCACCAGCACCAUCAUCAUCUGUUGGUUCAGGAGGCUCCACUGCACGAGGAACUACAUCCACGUGAACUUGUUUUUGUCGUUCAUGCUUCGAGCUGUGUCCGUGCUGAUCAAAGACGCGCUGCUCUUCUCAGACGACCAAAACACAGACUGCAGCACGCAACCCUCGCUGGUGGGCUGCAGGGCCAGCCUGGUGUUGUUCAACUACUUUGUCAUGGCCAACUUCUUCUGGCUGCUGGUGGAGGGCCUGUACCUGCACACGCUGCUGCUCGUCAUCCACAGCUACUCCCCCCGCCUCUCCAUGUACAUGCUCAUCGGCUGGGGAAUCCCUUUAGUUUUCAUGCUAGCGUGGAUCAUAUGCAGGAUAAACCUGGAGGACACGAGGUGUUGGGAGUUGAACGACAACCCUGUCCCCGACAGACUGAUGAACUGGCCCAUCAUGGCUUCUGUCAUUAUCAACUUCAUCCUGUUCAUCAGCAUCAUCCGGAUCCUGGUGCAGAAGCUGCGCUGCACUGAUGUCGGAGGAAAUGAGCAGUCGCAAUACAAACGUCUGGCCAAGUCCACCCUCCUGCUCAUCCCUCUGUUUGGGGUGAACUACGUGGUGUUGGUCUACCUGAUGAAGCCCACUGACAGAAACAUGGAGCGUAUCAAGAUCGUCUUUGAACUCGGCCUCGGAUCUUACCAGGGUCUAAUUGUGGCUGUCCUAUAUUGUUUUCUCAACAGCGAGGUCCAGAGUGAGCUGAGGAGGACGUGGAGGAGUUUAUCCCUCAAGCGUUACGUGGGGCGGGACUACAGGCUGCACACGACGUCCGUCAGCCGCAAUGGCAACGAAGGCUCUCAGUUCCCCAGGAACUCCCGAGCCCAGUCCAUCCUGCAGACUGAGACCACUGUGCUCUGACCAAGGGGGGGAGGACGGAGGCCGCCUGUUUUUAUAAAGACGUUCAGGACCGAUGCUUGCAUUUAGGCAGGUACAGCAAGAAAACAAAGAACAUUACAAAAACCAAAACCAUUAAAGAAGUUCUGUAUUACAAAGAAGUUGUGUGGUGUUUGGUCUGCCUUAGUAAGAUGGAGAAAUGGGAUUCAGCCAGUGUUAGUUAGGUGUUAGUUAGUGCUAUGUUCCCACUGGAAUUUAACUCUUCAGGAUGGAAUAAGAUCUGAAACUGUAGACCAUCAUGGGACACAAAAACUAUUCAAUAAAAGAGAUUAAUUUCCUUUAAAUUAAAUAAACAAAUGAAUAAAUAGGUACAAAAAAUACAUCCCUUGAGAUUUUCCAUACUUCUGUAAGGGUUUCUACCAACAACUAAAACACAUUCUUGCCUUGUACAGAGAAUGAUUUAGUAUUUUACGUCUUGUUUUUUUAAACACUUGAGUGUAUUAACGUUGGUUAUGUACAUGUCGAGGGAGAUAUAUAAGCUUUUGAACACAACUGCAAAUCUGUGACUCCACAUGUUUAUGUAUAAAAGCUUCUUUCAUAGAGA